UCGCUUGAAAUAGCUUAUGUAACUGUGUUUGUCUAAAAAAAUACAUUUUUCAGCACACCGACUGAUAACCUUCAUGUCGUCAAAAAUACAAAAAUAAGUGACUUAUUUCCAGGCAGGUCGGAAAAAAAUGGCCAACACCUUUAAGUACCUCAAUAAAUUACCUCAAAAUCUAAGGUCGGUUUCUACAACUGGCUCCAAGCAAGAUGCAUGGCUAUCCAAGAUAUUUGUUAGAAAGAUCGAACCAACAAAAGAAUCUCACAGUCGUAUGUUGAGUGACAAAGAAAUCAUCUAUUCUCUGCAAACCCAUAAUUAUCGACCUGACUCUAAAAAGGCUUACCUGAGCAAUGUGAAAAAUACGGUGGAUUUUAUAAAAACGCAACCCUCCCUGAAAAAUGACGUAGAAUUAGUUGGUUCGUGGACCGUAAAUGUCGGUGAUCAAGAUCAGGCCCUCCAUCUGUGGAAGUUCACCGGUGGAUAUGAAAAAAUUGACGACUACAAUGAAAUUUCAGGGAAAAGUGAGGAGGCCCAGAAGCUAAACGAAGAGCAGGGCAGAAUCGUGAGAUCUCGACACUUGCAAUACCUACUGGCCUUCAGCUAUUGGCCUCAGAUCCUCCAGAGGGAACCGAGCAACAUUUACGAGAUCCGUAGUUACGCCUUGAAACCAGGUACUAUGAUCGAGUGGGGUAACAACUGGGCGAGGGCCAUCAACUACAGGAAGAAUAACGACGAGGCGUUCGCCGGGUUCUUCUCACAAAUAGGGAGAUUGUACAAUGUCCAUCAUAUCUGGUGUUAUCACAACUUGACAGCUAGAAAAGAGACGAGGGAGAGCGCUUGGCGCUCACCCGGUUGGGAUGAGUGCGUGGCAUACACGGUACCCCUUAUCCGUGAAAUGCACUGCAGGAUAAUGGUGCCCACUGAGUUCUCGCCAACUCAAUAGCAUAUCUAGUGCGUAAUAUUGAAAAAUCUGUUGCUUUUAAUAAUUGGGAUGAGUCAUUUUAUCUUUAUUUUUUCUUACUUUUUGUUUACGCUGACAGUUGAGAGCAAUAUUUGUAAGAUUUAUCCUUCUAUCCGUGAUUUUACUGGUAUGGAAAGUAUCUACACAAACGGGGCAACAAUUUAUAUAUUUUAAAGUUCAAAUUAGCUUCGACUUGCAGUUCUGGGUAAUUUUAUCCAAAGCAAAUCGCGGGCGUACCCUUCGCAGUUAUUUUAUUUGCAUUUUAUACUUUACUGUUAUCCAUUUUAUUUUUUGUGAUUAAUGGCGUAAUUGUAUUCCUUUAAUU